GUGUAGGGUACUUUGUGUAUGUGUGUGAGCGCAUGUGUGCAGCGCUGCGUGGAGAGCAAAUCGAGAUACAGUAGUAACCCAGAGUGAGGUGGCAGUCUUAUUCCACAUCGACAGUGACUUGCCCCGCAUGCAUCCGAUCUGUCUGUAUAUCGCAGAGCGCACUUGAGGAGUGAAAGAGGGGAGAGUCAAGAUGGCAUCUGGAAUUGGCCGUGGACAAUCCUGGAUCUAAUCUCUUCUCUUUUUUUGGUACCACGGAGUGCAAGUGACUGGCCGUGCAAGGCGUUAAUAACUAAGUUGCUCUUGGCCCUGUUGGGACUUCGCUGGUGUGGAAUAGCAACAAAGGACGGGAGCGCGCAUUCAUGGGACGCGAGUUUGACAGCUCUUCAUUUCUUGUCUUGUAACUUUAUUACCUCACAGCGGGGGCGAGAUUGUGACUGGAGCAGGAGAUAAUGGCUGAGGCUCCGUUCUCCGACCCACUCCCUGACUUAGACGUGGUCAUCGACCCGGACUUUAAACCCCAGAAGCGGCCCAGAUCUUGCACCUGGCCGCUGCCACGACCAGACUCGAACGCGGUGAAACCGGAGAUCAAUGACACAGACAUUAUACCCGAGGAAGAGGAUGAGGAGGAGGACAAUGCUACCGGUGUCAAUGGCUCUGGUUUAGCGACAGAGGACCAGAGUAGCAACAGCCCCAUAGCCGAUGGAGCGCUCUCCUCCCCCGGCCAGGAGAGCGGAAGCUCCCCGCUCUCCACGCACUCCCCGACGGCCGCCUCUGGCGCGCUGACCCCUAGCAGCUUGGCUGCCCAGCAGACCCCGAGGAAAGCAUCAUCUCGUCGUAACGCCUGGGGCAAUCUCUCCUACGCCGACCUGAUAACCAAAGCCAUUGAGAGCGCGCCGGACAAGAGACUGACACUGUCCCAAAUUUAUGACUGGAUGGUUAGAUCCAUCCCCUACUUCAAAGACAAAGGCGACAGUAACAGCUCUGCAGGAUGGAAGAACUCCAUUCGGCACAACCUUUCCCUCCACAGCCGUUUCAUCCGUGUCCAGAACGAGGGAACAGGCAAGAGUUCUUGGUGGAUGAUCAACCCAGAGGGAGGGAAGGGUGGAAAAGCUCCCCGCCGCCGUGCAGUCUCCAUGGAUAACAGCAACAAGUACACCAAGUCCGCCCGUGGGCGUGCUGCUAAGAAGAAGGCUGCCCUGCAGGCUGCAGCAGCUGCAGCUGGCGAGGGCGGCGGAGACAGUCCUUCAGGUCUCUCCAAGUGGCCUGGAAGCCCAACGUCACGCAGCAGCGAGGAGCUGGACGCCUGGACAGACUUCCGCUCGCGCACUAAUUCCAACGCCAGCACAGUGAGCGGUCGCCUGUCACCCAUUUUGGCCAACCCUGAGCUGGACGAGGUGCCCGAUGAUGAGCCUCCUCUUUCACCUAUGCUCUACUCCAGCCCUGGCAGAGCGCUGUCUCCUGGCAACGCCACAACAACAGGGAAGUCUGUACCCACUGAGCUGCCCCGCCUGGCAGACCUGGCAGGUACGAUGAACCUGAAUGACGGACUCACAGAUGACCUGAUGGAUGAGUUGCUGGAAAACAUCAACCUGGUGUCAACCGUUACAGGACAGGUCGCUCUAAAUGGUUCCUCAGGGUUCAAUUUUGGGUCCAAACCCAAUGGGCUAGGCUCACCUUCCUCCACCUCCUCUCCCUCCACCAACUCUUCUUCUAAUGGUGGAGGUAAUGGUUUCAGUAACUCCAUCUUUGGCCCACACACAACGGGGUCCUCUCUGCGUCCGUCCCCCAUGCAGACAAUCCAGGAGAACAAGCAGACCUCCUUUUCCAGCAUCAGCCUGUCUCGCUUUGGCAGUCAGACACUACAAGACCUGCUCAACUCUGACAGCCACAGCCAUAGUGAUGUCAUGAUGACCCAGUCUGACCCACUGAUGUCACAGGCCAGUGCCGCCGCCAUCAUUUCCCAGAAUUCUCGCCGUGGCCUCAUGCUCCGUAAUGAUCCCGUAAUGACCUUUGGGACCACUGGAGGACUUCAGGGCAGCCAAGGGGAGAUGCUGCAAAGUAACAACCACAACCAGAGCUCCCUGAGGUCUUUAAACGGAGGUCUGAACCUAGCCAACGAGGCGAACGCUCUGGCUAAUGCCAAGCAGCAGCUCCUGCUCUCACCCUUGGGAGGAAAUGGUUCCACUUCCAUGCAGAUCGACACCUCGAUCUUCCUAAAUGGCACAGUUAGCAGCGGAGGGAUCUGCCAGGACCGUUUCCCCACAGAUCUGGACCUGGACAUGUUCAACAGCAGCCUAGAAUGUGAUAUGGACUCCAUCAUCAGGAACGAGCUGAUGGACGCAGAUGGUCUGGACUUUAACUUUGACUCUCUGGCCAAUAUGAACGGAGUCAGCAACUUCACAAACACCAAGCAGACCUCUCAAAGCUGGGUGCCCGGCUGAGAGGGUCAGUCCGGGAAGGAGCAGAGCAGGUCUGAACUGUGUAGUGUAAGAGAAGAUCAGACACACAUCCUUUUUGCCAAACCUGCCAUCAGCACAAAUACAAACCCUGUGUUUACAGAAGAAGACUUCCUCUCAAGAGCUUUACCUUCGUCCCACACUGGUGAACCUUGAACGAUCCGACUGACUCUAGAGAUGCUGCACAUCAGCCCUCAAAGCCUCCUGUGAAAUGACAACAACAACAACAACAACAAAAAGAAAGCUAUGUCAAACUCACAAAUCGUAGAAUUAUGCAAUUUUCCUUUGACACCCAGUCUGUUGAUAUCAAAGAGAAACUGCUUAUCAGAAGGGGUUUCAGGUGGAACACAGGGACUAAAUAUCAAGGAAAGAUUGAAGGAGUGCACGGUGCAGUUGUUCCCGCUGACGACAAAAAAAGACAAAGUGUAAAGUGAAAAAAAUCAAGAAGUGACAUGGUGUAAAUCUGAUCCAGUGGUUUCCUGGGAUGUGUUAUGUUAAAAAAAAAUCCCUCUGUUCUCACUUUGUGAUUUUAAAUGUUCAGCGUCUGUUUACUGGAUUUUCUGUUUUAUCAUAUUUGUUUCUGCAUCAUACAUGUCUGUACAAAAACAUUUGGUGUAUUGAUGAAAUGAAAAGAUGGAAAUGGGGUAUCUUACUCACUGAGUGGCCACACAUACAGUACAUGCAAACACACAGACAACCUAACACUUUGCCCCAGUUUGCAAAACUUCAGAACCCUUUGAAGUUACGAUUUCUUAUUUUUAUUGCCAUGCACUUCCAUUUUUGUUUUUUUAAAUUGCUUGAAUUAAAUUAAAUGCUCCACACUGAGGGUUAUAUUACAAUUAGCCGAAUAUUACAAAAAUAUUUGUUAUCUUUUGUGUGUAUCUAACUGUAAAAAAAAAAAAUGGAAAAAGACUAAGAGGAGGAAACUCUCUGUCAUGGAUAUUUGUACAGUGCAGGGCAGUGAAAAGUUCAAGAAGGAGGCGGUCACAUCUUGUCUGUCUUUUCGUAGAUUUCUUAACUUCUGGUGAGUUCUGUUGAUGUAGCCAAAAUGAAUACCUGUGUGCUAGAGUUGUGAACAUUUCCACACCAUAACAGGUGCUAUGUAAACAGUGUUGAAUCCUGCCCUGAGAGCAAGCCGUGCAUUUUGUGUGUUUUUGUUUCUGUUUUUACACAUGACCUGCAGAAGCCCAAAGCUGCAGCCACUUGUAGCACAGUGAGGUUGAACCUGUAGACGGCAGGGGUGGGGGUGGGAGGGAGGUGUGAAGGGUUUUAGCCUCAUUCCUCUAGAAGCCAUUUGUUUCUCGAGUAAAACAAUAAGCUAUCUCUGUAUAUUGCCAAAUUACUUGAAACAAACAGUAGGAUAUGCUGGCAGCCAAAUCACAGCACAGACACACACACACACACACACACAAACACAUGCACAGACAUACAUUACACACACAUAGAUAGAAAAAAUAAUACCAGGGAUCUGUGUUAAGCUCUGAUGUUUUCUUGUCAUGAGCUUGUGGGGCUUCUUAUGCAUAUAAAGAAUCACUCAGGGGGGAAAAGGGAGGCUUCCCGUUAAAGUAACAUCAAGUCACAUUCUAAUGGUAUUUUAACAUUUCUUGAUAAAAAAAGAGUAAUGCUUUGUGUUUGUGAUCUUGUAACCUGUGAACUUUUGGCCGUCAAGAUGAAGAGGAGGAAGGAAGAUAACCGUCAGGAUUAAGAUUGCACGCGGUCUGUUAUUUUUGGUUUUGCUGUCUUAGCAUUUUUCUCCCCCUCUUUGUCAAACUUGUGGCACACAUACACACAUCCCCUCAUGGACACGCCUGGUGCUCCUGCAGGUGACUUCCUGUGUCUCCUGAGUACAUGUUAAUGUGCGUUGUGUAUGUGUUUAUCUGUGGAGUUUAUUUCAGUUGAAUUAAUCUCACAAGAAUGUGUAAUCCCUCACUAUCCCUCAUGGUGCAUACAGCACAGCCGACUGUAUGCAUGUAUGUAUUUAUGCAUUAUGAAUUGUGUGAAAUACAUAUACUCGCUGUAUGUCCUUAUAUACUCAUGUAGUACUUGACCCUUGGAUUUUGUGAUACCUCUGAAGGUAAAGUUGAAGAAAUAAUGAACAACGUUACACGGCGAGUAGGAGGGAACACUGUUACCAGCAAUUUCAUUGUUGAACCAGAUUUUGAAAAUGGUGGAAAGCACCAUUGUUGUAGCAUCUGGAGACUGUGGUAUCCCUUCUCUGUCUGGAGUAGUGUAUGGAAGUGUAUGCCCCGCUGUGUAUAAUAGUGUACAGAUGUGUGUGUAUAUCACUUUGAGGCCAAGGGAGAGGAGUGUGUGUGCAUGGUUGGCUAGAAUGAACGCCUGUGCUAUCUGAGGUUUAGUGCAUGCCCUAGAUGUACCCCCCUCGAUCCUUCCAAUGGUGCCGUCCUGCGACAGAAAUUGUAAUACAGAGAGGAACCCUGUGUCUUUAGCACUCAAACACACACUUUCUAUUUUUAAAGUCAGGGCUUACAGUGCAGCAUUUGCACCAUCCUCCCGUAUUAAUCAUGAGUGUGUGUACAUAGACGCUGACACAGGGAAAGCCUCUUUAACGGACGUUCCUCAGCUUCACACUUGUUUUAUUCCACGUGGAGUACAGUAGGUUCAUGUCCCGGUGCUCUCCUUGAGCGUUUGGCUAUAACUUUGAUGUGGUUAAAGCGACAACGAGCUGGAAUAUACUACACCUUGUCACAUAUAAAAUUUCCAGAGCAUUAUCAUGUGUCUUUUGGCAGGGGGAAUCCUGAGCCAUCACCUGAACUGCUAAUCAUUGAAAUGUAUCUACACUGACUGUACUAAACGUUAAGAGCGCUUUACUCCACCUGUGAAGAAGACUGACAAGGUGAAUCCAGGGAACCCUGUAAUCCUUUCUAUUUAAAGAGGGUUAUUGAUCCUUUGAUAAACUGCAAAUCUCAAUCGCAGGAAGGUGUUGCUUACUUUCUGUACAUUCAGUGUAAAAAUGUUUUGGCUACUCGGGAAGAUAGUUUACACUUAGUCAUGGUGGAGCAGGCCUUCCACACGACCACUCAGUGCUACUGCUUCAUUCAGGCACAGAUUAUCUCUUCUUGUGCCCAACACACACACCUGCAGCACAACGCGUGCAAAUUUAAAGCUAAGCAAAAAAGCAAAAAAAUAGAAGAGACAUACCACUAGAUACCUUAAUCACCUCUUGGACAUUUCCUUUUCAUUAUCUUCUCUCAAACCUUUUCCAUACUUGUUUAGAGGCCCAGGCCAGCUCCCCUCCAUACACCCUCUGAACCAAGCCCUUUGAACUUUGCCCUUUAUUAAUCUUUCUUCUUCUUGACUUGAUGUUAGUGGGUAUUUUUCCUGUGUAUUCCAUUUUGAAUUGUAAUCUAGUUUGUAUAAGAAAUGGUGCGCAUGUAAAUAAAGCUUGGUGAGGCUCCACACAC